AUGACCAUCACAACAUCAAGCUUGAUAGCAUCAGUGCUGGCUCUCUCAGGGGAAGUGUCUGCCCUCCAACUGCCUCUCUUCAGCUCCUCGGAGGCCCAGAUUCCAGUGGCUGGGCAGGACUUGAUCAGCUCCUCCGCACUGCAGAGCCAGGUCAACGUCGAUAACUUGCUCAGGAGAGCCGAAGAGCUGUAUCGCAUUGCAGAACUUGGACAAGAUGAAUAUAACCAUCCCACUCGAGUCAUUGGCAGCAAAGGCCAUCUGGGGACACUGGACUACAUCUACGCGACGCUCCAGGAAUUUGACGACUACUACACCAUCUCCAACCAGUCCUUCCCCGCCGUGACUGGCAAUGUUUUGGAGUCGCGCCUGGUGCUGGGACACAGCGUUCCCGAGUCCGCCCUCCCCAUGGGGUUGACGCCGCCGACGAAGGAUAACGAGCCGGUCUACGGACCACUCGUGCUCGUCGCCAACCUGGGCUGCGACGCGGCCGACUAUCCGGCAAACCUUACAGGCGCCAUCGCCUUUAUCAGUCGCGGCAGCUGUCCGUUUGGCACCAAGUCGGCCUUGGCGGGCCAAGCGGGUGCCGUGGCGGCGGUCAUCUACAACAACGAGAAAGGCGGCUUGGGAGGCACCUUGGGCACCCCGUCGCCGCACCAUGUGGCUACCUUUGGAAUCUCCGACCGCGAUGCGGCGCCAUUCCUCGAUCGAUUGCGGCACGGAAAGUCGGUCGAUGCCAUCGCCUACAUGGACGCCACGGUGGAAACGAUCAUGACGACCAACAUCAUUGCGCAAACCCAGGCAGGAGACCCCGACAACUGCGUAAUGGCGGGGGCGCACAGCGACAGCGUGAUGGAAGGUCCUGGGAUCAACGAUGACGGGUCGGGCUCUCUGACCUUGCUGGAGGUCGCCUCGUUACUGCCCCAGUACCGGGUCAACAACUGCGUGCGUCUGGCCUGGUGGGCGGCCGAGGAAGAGGGACUGCUGGGAUCGGAUUAUUAUGUAUCGGUGCUCUCGGAAGAAGAGAACCUCCAGAUCCGGCUGUUCAUGGACUAUGACAUGCUGGCGUCACCCAACUUUGCGUAUCAGGUGUACAACGCGACCAAUGCCGUCAACCCGGUCGGAUCGGAGCAGCUACGGGAUCUGUAUACCGAGUUCUAUGAGGCUCAAGGGUUGAACUUCACUUAUAUUCCGUUCGACGGACGGAGCGACUAUGACGCAUUUAUCCGGAAUGGAAUUCCCGGGGGUGGGAUCGCCACCGGUGCGGAAGUCAUCAAGACGGAGGAGGAGCAGCGCAUGUUCGGUGGAGUGGCCGGGGAUGCCUUUGACCCAUGUUACCACCAGCUCUGUGAUGAUGUGGGAAACGUCAACCGGACUGCUUGGGAGGUCAACACUAAGCUGGUUGCACAUUCAAUUGCCACGUAUGCCCUGUCGUUUGAAGGGUUUCCGAAGCGAACCGGAGUCGCCAGCAAGGCAAUGGAGGAGAAGCCGAGGAAGUAUCGUGGACAUGCAUUGCUGUUCUAG